GCUUGUGCCCCUGUGGCAGGGAGGGCUGCAAGGUCACUGGCAGGGUGGCUGCAGUGCCUGGGACCUUGAUGGCAUGGGCAGGCAGUGGCAGGUCCCAAGCAUCCCCCAGCCCUAGUUCCCCAUUAUCUGGUUCCCCCAUGGAGCCAGGGGGGAGAUUUUUUCCCCCCGGGGUUUCAGGGUUUUUUCACCUUUCUCAAAGGUGUGGGGCAUUGGCAGCAGCCACAGCUGGGGAUGGCGACUAGGCUGUGCCAGGACUACUGCUGGCGCUUGAACGCAGAGGUUCCUGGCUAGAGGAUCUUGUCCCUCUGCUCAGGGUCAGACCGAUCGCCAUAUCUGGGGUUGGGAAGGCAUUUUCCUCCAUGGUCAGAUUGGUAGGAACUCUGCGGGUUUUUGUCUCCCUUUGUAGCAGGAGGCAUGGCUCUCUUCCUGGGAUCUCUCGAGCAUAUAUUAACAAUCUUUUCAGCAGCAGGAUGCUGGCUGCCAUGGUGCCCCUGCUUUCCCUGUGGCAGGAGCAGCAGACAAGCUGGACAGAUGACCUGCCCCUCUGCCAGCUCUCUGGAGUGGGCUCUGCUCCCAACCGGUCCUAUGGCGCAGAUGGCAAGAGCACUGAGGGGCACCCCUGGGAAGACAACUGGCUGAAGUUCCGGGGUGAGAACAGCUGUUACCUCUAUGGGGUCUUCAAUGGCUACGAUGGCAACCGAGUCACCAACUUUGUGGGCCAGAGGCUCUCUGCAGAACUGCUGCUGGGCCAGCUCCACACGGAUCACAGUGACGCUGAUGUGUACCGAGUCCUGCUGCAGGCUUUUGAUGUGGUAGAAAGAAGUUUCCUGGAGUCCAUUGAUGAUGCUUUGGCAGAGAAGGCCAGCUUGCAGUCCCAGCUGCCAGAGGGGGUGCCCCAGCACCAGCUACCUUCUCAGUACCAGAAGAUUGUGGAAAGGCUUAAGGCCGUAGAGCGGGAAAUCUCUGGAGGAGCCAUGGCUAUUGUGGCAGUCAUUCUCAACAACAAGCUCUACAUCGCCAAUGUAGGUACAAAUCGCGCACUCCUGUGCAAGUCUACUGUGGAUGGGCUGCAGGUGACGCAGCUAAACGUGGACCACACCACGGAGAAUGAGGAUGAACUGUUUCGCUUCUCUCAGUUGGGUUUGGAUGCAGGGAAGAUAAAGCAAGUGGGAACUAUCUGUGGGCAGGAGAGCACCCGGCGAAUUGGGGAUUACAAGGUCAAAUAUGGCUACACUGAUAUCGAACUCCUCAGUGCUGCUAAAUCUAAGCCUAUCAUAGCAGAGCCCGAAAUCCAUGGAGGGCACUCCCUGGAUGGGGUGACUGGUUUCCUGGUGCUCAUGUCAGAAGGACUCUACAAAGCUCUGGAGGCAGCUCAUGGGCCUGGGCAGGCCAAUCAGGAGAUUGCAGCCAUGAUAGCCACCGAGUUUGCUAAGCAAACUUCGUUGGAUGCUGUAGCUCAGGCUGUGGUGGACCGGGUGAAACGGAUCCAUUGCGACACCUUUGCCAGUGGUGGGGAGCGAUCCAAGUUCUGUCCCCGGCAUGAGGAUAUGACUCUGCUGGUGAGGAACUUUGGUCACCCGCUGGGUGAGAUGAGCCAGCCCACACUGACGCCAACACAAGGAGGCCGCAUCUACCCUGUUUCUGUGCCAUACUCCAGCGCCCAGAGCACGAGCAAGACCAGCGUGACACUGUCCCUUGUCAUGCCUUCUCAAGGCCAGAUGGUCAAUGGUGCCCACAGUAGCUCCACUCUGGAUGAAGCCACCCCAACUCUUACAAAUCAGAGCCCAACUGUGACUCUCCAGUCCACCAACACCCAUACUCAGAGCAGCAGCUCAAGUUCAGAUGGGGGCCUCUUCCGUUCCCGUCCCACCCAUUCCCUCCAGCCUGAUGAAGAUGGACGUGUAGAGCCCUACGUGGACUUUGCAGAGUUCUACCGGCUUUGGAACAUGGACCAUGGUGAACAGGGAGCACUCACGGUGUCAUAAUGUGGGGAGAAGAAGGGAGAGGCAUCCUGCAACCACAGUGAGCUCGACAGAGACAAACAGGCAAAGACUAAGGUGAGGAUGAAAUAGGUCCAGGUGGUAGCCGUGUUCUGCCGUGGAUUCAGCCCUGGUUCAGGAUGCAAUGAGCCUGGGGGUGGGGUGCUGGUACAGCUGUCUCAACACACGUGUUGCCUAUGUCCUUCAUCUUCUCCUUAUCCACCUCUUUCCCUGGGAAGUGUGGAUCUGGGAAGGGGUCAUGAAUCCUAGCCCUCAUCAAGAAUAUUAUGGACAUAAGUAGUGAGGGCUGUUAGGGAGAGGGCAAGAGCAGGUGUCUGUACAAUAUGCAUAUAAGCUCUUCUUAUGGACUGAGGUGCGAAAAACUAUGCUGUGAUACCGGUGUUUAACCCUAUAGAAGAUACCUCUGUUUUGCAGAAUAAAUAACUUAUAACUGC